AUGACCCCAAGCACAGCUCCAAAUCUACAAAGGCUUGGCUGGAGAAGAAAGGAUGGAAGGUCCUUGAGUGGCCAUCACAGACCUGAACCCAAUCGGGAAUUCGUGGUAGGAUCUGAAGAAAGAUGUUGCAGCAUGUACAUGCAGACCUACAUGUACCAGCAUCGCUAUUCCUUGAGACCAUUGCGCAAGAGGAAUGAGCCAAAAUCUCCAAGGAGCGUCGUGAGCAGCCUUGCUCCAACUCCACUCCCUGGGGAGUACCCUGACCAGGCAACCGAUGUACACAUACCAACAUUGACUUUCACAUCCUCCCGGUUACCAUCCUGGGUGGAGAGUGACAAACGUGGAUUAGUAGGUUUUCUACUGGUAGACGGUACUUAUUCAAUAACCUUUGACUACGAUCAGGAUACUUUACAGAGUUUACCAAUGGAUAGCAAUGUUGAGGUCAAUGGAGUUUAUGCAUAUAAGAUUGACCAGCCCUCGAUCAUCGAUCCUUUAUGCAACUCUGCUAAUGAUUUAUUCAUCACACCAACUCAGUCGGGGAUGAUGGGAGGGGAGCCUAUUUAUCUCUACGGGCCGUGUUGGGGGCUAGAGAUUAUUCAGACAUGCGUCUUUACGUAUAACGAUGAUAUCAUCCAAGAAGUUAACGCCACUGUAGUAGAUACCAAUGAAGCAUAUUGCAUUCCAGAUCCCUUCUUUCUAAUCGGUGAAGUCAUCAUCUCUGUUGUAAAAGAAGGCAAUGAUCACACCAACUCGCCAUCUACUGUGCAUACAAUCACCGAGAGCAAUAGAGUCGCUCCUACCAUAAUAAGAGGAGACCCCAACAGACCCGCAUGGUAUACUGCGGGAAAUGAAUUAGUCAUCAGUUGGGAAAAAGAUGAGGAGAGCUUUGGCAGCUCCGACAGCGCCCUCUCAAUAAGUGUUCUUGCAUACCGAGAGGACGACACUGGACCACGAUGGGAAAACGUGUAUGACGUAACAAGAGGGACUAAAGAUGACGGCUCUUACGCAUUCACCCCCUCGGCACAGAGUGGUGUGACGGAAGAGAACGCAUUUGGUGUAAUCCGGAUUACCGGGAAUUCUGACGACCGUAAGCGUGUUCUCUGGAGUGAAGUUCAUCCCUUAAGUUAUCUCCUAGAUGAUUCGUAUCAAGAUAAUACAGUUCAAUGGGCCUCGGACAAAUGUAAUGAAUGGAUCACAUCAGAUGACGCUGAAGGAAUUGUUCUGAAUAAUAGAACAGAAUGUCCAUGCACCCUAGACCAAGCUGUAGAAGACGUUGGACGAUUUAUCACAGAUGUUUCUUGCCAUCCAGAUGGCGGGGUAUCUAAUUGCGCCAGACACCAAGGUGCCAUACACUGCUUCUUUGCUGCUUACCCAAGUCCUGGAACGAUGUCUGGAACCACAUGUUGUUACGAUGCUAAUCGUCUCCUAAUGCACUCCGGGGAUACUAGAUACGCUGGUACAGACACCCGAUCACACAUCCGUGGUGCUGUCCCCUAUAGGCAGAAGAACCUCGUCCCUGAACUGUCCCUUUGGUCAAAUGACGUGAUGCCUAAAUAUAUUUGUUGCGAGUGGGCUAAUGACGACAGUUGUUCCGCCUAUAUGACCAGGAGACCUACGGCAGAUUGUGUUGCAUACGAACCGCCAGUUAACGCUAUUUCUUUUGGCGAUCCUCAUUUCAUCACGAUGGACCGAUAUAACUUCACAUUUAACGGACUAGGAGAGUAUACCUUACUUCGAUAUGCGAGAGAGAAGACAGGAUAUUACUUCUUUGAGCUACAGGGGAGGAUGAUACAAACAUACAAUGGUGAAAGGUUUAAUGUAACACAGUUGUCAGCGAUAGCAAUGAAGGAUUUUAAUUCCGACACCAUCUUCAUUGAGGCAGGAGUGAACAGUGGAUUACAAGUCUACAGGAAAAGUGCGAAUGGUGUAUGGCUUUCGGUUUAUUUUUCCCAGCAGACACUUCGCGUUCUUCAAGGUUGUGCUGUGGAGGUCACAAGAUUGGAACGUGAGGAUGAAAUCUACGAAUUGGUGGUCAUGUUUGAAGCAACCGGCAUUUCCGUCCGAGUAACAUACAGCUUCAAAGAAAUGCUGGCUGUGCAACCGAUCCUGCCUACAACUCUGGAGAGCGAUCAACUGUUCGGGUUGCUAGGCAACAUGGAUGGUAACCCUAGCAACGAUCUGCAGCGUCGAGACAGUAAUGGCUUUCUUGAUAAUCCUACUGAAGAGGAGAUCUUCCAGUUUGGACAAACAUGGGAAAUCGAAGCAGAUAACAAUCUUCUCCGCUACACGGCCGGAAGAGAUCAUUCUGACUACCAUGACUCUACGUUUGUACCCCUAAUGGACGUGACCCUUCCUACACCCUACUCAGCAUGUGAGAGUGUCACACAGUGUCUGUUUGAUUACGAAGUAUCGGGUUAUGAUCACAAUCUUGCAAUGGCCACCCUGGAGGCUUUCAAAGCCUUCGAGAAUACAUCUGAAAUUAUUCGAAAAGUUGACUCAUGUCCGUAUCAGAACACACCGAAAAACGGAAACAAGACUUACGCAUCAGAUUCGAAUCAGUACUUCAAGGAUGCUACUGUGACGUUCAGUUGCAAGGAAGGAUGGGUCUUGUCUGGUUCUGCAGUUAGAACAUGCGAUUAUAGCUCAUAUAAUGGAACCUUGGAAUGGACAGGAUCAGAGACGCCAAGCGAAUGCAUUGCGUCAGUUUGUGGUUCCUUACAACCACCAGACAAUGGAUAUCUAGUUGUCGAUCAAACAGGGACGAAUGUUUCGGUUUCUUGUAAUGAGGGUUAUUCUCCUAGUGAAAACAUUACCUGCAACUUGGGAAGUUGGAAUAAUCUUCCUCCACAGUGUCUUUCAGAUGAAGAGCACACGACUCCGAAUGCAGAGACAACAUUCAUGACAAUGAGUACAUAUGAACCACAAAGUUCAACCACCCACUCGGAGAUGACAUCAUACUCUUCAAAUGAACCCACUGAAGAGCCCACGGCUCCGAAUGCAGAGACAACAUUCAUGACAAUGAGUACAUAUGAACCACAAAGUUCAACCACCCACUCGGAGAUGACAUCAUACUCUUCAAAUGAACCCACUGAAGAGCACACGACUCCGAAUACAGAGACAACAUUCAUGACAAUGAGUACAUAUGAACCACAAAGUUCAACCACCCACUCGGAGAUGACAUCAUACUCUUCAAAUGAACCCACUGAAGAGCCCACGGCUCCGAAUGCAGAGACAACAUUCAUGACAAUGAGUACAUAUGAACCACAAAGUUCAACCACCCACUCGGAGAUGACAUCAUACUCUUCAAAUGAACCCACUGAACCUGGUAAAACAUUGAUCACUACAACAGAACAGCCCGUAGAAGAGCAAGGUUUGGAAGCAUGGAUUAUCGGUGUAAUUGCAGGGUUUGGCGUUCUUGGUCUCCUCAUCUUAUUAACUCUAUGUUUUAUGCUUCGUAACAGUUAUAAGAUGAAAAAAUACCAAAAAUCACAGAGUGCAGGUGCGUCAGAGAAUUUUAAUUAUGGAAACGACUUGAAUAUGACAAAUUAUGAGAAGAGGAUGUCUAACAUCUAUAUGCAGGAAACAUAAAGAAUAUCAGACUCCCCCUCCCCCCAUGCCCACAGUUACAUGCGAGAGUGAAGAUGUGGAGUUAAAUCAAUAUUGAUUGAUCAUGACGUCAGUAGAAAAGAAAAACAUACAAGGCUUUAGGCGGUGCUGCACCAUCCCGAGUUUGCUUAAUCUCAAGAGUUUAACCCGAUCGGCCCUUCGCGAUUAAUCUCGAGAUUCAAGAAACCUCAUCUCAACCAUCGCAAGAAGAGCGAUUCCUGCUCGAGCGAGGCAUCGAUGCAUUAUGGUCUGACGCCCUGAAUAAAUAAUUCCGAGUGCAUAUGCACCUGCAAAUUAGCGUGAUCAUUUGUAACAAAUAAUCCCAAGUUGACUUGGGAUUGCAAUCUCGAUAUUACUCCUACGAACCAGCGCGAUAAUUGAAUCCCCAUUACAAAUAAUCUCGAGAUUGUUCAGAUCAGGAUACUUUGCUGGAUCAGAAAUAGCGCGCUAAUUUGAAAACUGGGGAUGGUGCAGACGGCCCAUAUGAGAAAGUACUGUGGGAGUGCAUCCUCAUCGUUUGAGUCUAAUCCAUUUUUCUUUCGGGUGCAUGGGCUUGCCCCUUAAGUAUUUUGAAACUUUUAUGAUUACGUAAGUAAUAUUAUCGGCGUGUAAUGCAUGAAAAAUCCUUGGCUACAAAGAGAGGAUUAGUAGUGUUGAUGAUGGGGGGGGGGGGGUAGAUUGAUUUAGUAAACUAGUCGGAAAGAAUUGGAUUAUAAUUACAUAUUGGUGUCUUGAGUGAUAACAUUGAAACAUCUCAUAUGCCCAAUGAAAGUAUUUUACAUGACAAGUAUGGCAAUGGCUUGGUGUUAACCAGGAUGAUAUGUAUGUACAUGUAAAUGUAUAUAUAUGUUUAUAUGUAUUAUCAUUAUUAUCAUUCAUCGCUCCUGGGUGUACAAGGAACAAAAAUUACUAUAUGGUUUCAGUAGGGUAUCGUUUUUUGUUAUAUUUCCAUCAAUAUAUCAAAAUAAAUUCACGAAAUAUAGGUUCGCGUGCGGACCCACUUUUUCUAGAAAGUAAACUGUUGAAAGUCAAAGACCUGUAUUUACUACAGUUAGGGCACUUCAUGUAUAGUUAUAAUAAUAAUGCACUUCCCCAUAUUUUUGAUGCCAUGUUCCCUAAAAUAAUCAAUUUAUCAUAACUGCCCCACGAAAAACACUAACGAACUUCAAAUUCCACUUUACAGAACUAUACUGGCCAAAAUUAAAUUCCUAUUCAGCGGUCCUAAAUUCUGGAACUCACUAGCUAAUGAUGUUAAAGACAAUGUCUCCUUAAAUUCAUUCAAACGUAAACUCAAACUUAUCCUGCUUAAUUCCUAUAAUUCUUCGCAACGGAACUAACACUUCAUUAUCUUGAUUAUGAUCCUUACAUUUUUCACUUUUAUUGUGUUAUCUUUUUCCAUCUGAUAUAAUCGUUCAGUUAUAUCAUUUGUUAUUUCACCAGAUCAAGCUGGUUCGUGGUCAGCCCUUUCCCAUUCUUAGUUUUCCUCCUUUAAGAAAAUAGUGCUUAUCUUGUCUUGUACUGUCCUGUCUCCUGUUUUGUCUUGUUUUCUAUGUCUUGUCAUCCCCUCUCUCUUUCUUU